AUGCCCGCUGACGAGGACUACUAUGGACUCGAUAACGAGUCUUUAUUACGCUCCAAGAAUCUAGGCAGCGGAAUUCAUAGGCAGGACUCACUAGUCAGGCGAGAGAGGAAUAACUUUACCAAUCCGAAAGACCCUCAUCAUUACUAUGCGCAAAAAGCUCAAGAGCAGCAAAAAAAAGGUCACGUACAAGUUCAAGAGUCCAUUCCUUUGCAGGACUUAUCCAAAAAACGCGUGAAAGCACCUCCUGUGAAGGUCAAAUCACUCUCUCUGUGGCAGCUGUACUGCUAUAUCAUUACGUUUUGGGCUCCAGCUCCCCUGCUAGCAUUGUUUGGGAUGAAAAAGGAGGAGCGUCGUUUCGCAUGGAGAGAGAAAAUGGCUCUUUUAUCAAUUAUCUGCUACGCCGGUGCUUUUGUAGCUUAUUUAACCUUCGGUUUCUCAAGAACUGUUUGCAAGGUUUCGCCCUUGAGACUCAGAAACAACGAAGUUUCUACUGGAUAUUUGAUCAUUAACGGCAAAGCAUACAACCUAGACUCCUCUUCGCAUCCGGCUGCUGCAGGGAUCACGGCAGGAACCAACGUAUUGUAUCCACCGAUAAACGCCGGUGGCUAUGAUGCUUCGUUUUUAUUCCAGAACGUGAACGGCAACUGUCUUGGAUUGAUUGAACCUCUUGACAACUGUACAGUUCCUCACGACUCCGAUGGAAAAAUGGCUUGGUACUUCCCUUGUAAGUUGUUUGCCCAGGAUGGUUCCACUAAACCAAACUUUACCGAAAGUGAGUACUACGAUGGGUGGGCCUGUCAUACCUCUGAGGUAGCUAGGGAAGCCUAUUAUUCUCUGGAUGUUGCAGCAGAUGUUUUUUUUUCCUGGGAUGAUAUAAGAAACUCCACGAGAAACCUGGUGGUUUAUAACGGCCAUGUACUGGAUUUGGACCUAUUGGACUGGCUUGAAACAACGCAGUUAUCGUAUCCGUCAAUUUUUGACGAUUUGAAAAAUUCAGAACUGCAAGGCUAUGACAUUUCCUUGAUUAUGUCUAGCCCUCAUGAGAGGAAAGUCGCGCGUUGUCUUACCGAGAUUGUCAGAGUUGGUGAAAUUGAUUCAGAUACUAUUGGUUGUAUCGCUUCAGAUGUUGUGUUGUACAUUUCGCUGAUUUUCAUUUUGUCUGUGAUUGUUGUUAAGUUUUUAGUUGCAUGUUAUUUCCGGUGGGUAGUUUCGAAGAAGCAGGGUGCGUUUGCAGUAGAUAACAAGACAAUGGUUGAGCAUGCCAACGAAAUUGAAGACUGGGCUGAAGACAUCAACAUACAAGGUCCCAUUAAAAAGGUGGAUCCAUUACAAAGGCCUCAUCAAAGGCAUGAAUCAACACUUGAUUUGAUUAAGCGAAAUUCCAUGAUGCUUUUAAAUGACACUCCAGAAUCGGAUGAUAAGUUCAGAGGAAUGACAACAAUGACUACUCAAUCAUUCCUGAAAUCGCGCGAUCCAUUGGGGGCUAUGAAUGGUCAACACGUUCAAUCACCCUUUACAGACAACCUGAUAGGAACGCACGAUAACAUUGAGUCGUUAGAUCCAACGAUUAUCCAUCCAGAUGUUGUCGCACAACCACCCGUCGACUUUAUGCCGACCGGUUUUCCCCUUGCCCAUACAAUAUGUUUCGUCACUUGUUAUUCAGAAGACGAAGAAGGGUUGAGAACAACACUUGAUUCCCUUGCUACAACAGAUUACCCAAAUUCUCAUAAGCUACUGAUGGUCGUUUGUGAUGGUUUGAUUAAAGGUUCGGGAAAUGAUUUGACAACACCAGAGAUUGCAUUGGGUAUGCUGGAAGACUUUGUCAUUCCACCAGACGAAGUUGAGCCCUAUUCUUAUGUUGCGGUGGCUACAGGAGCGAAAAGACACAACAUGGCUAAAAUUUAUGCCGGGUUUUAUAAAUAUGAUGAAUCUACCGUAAUCGCAGAGAAACAACAACGAGUUCCCAUGAUUGUAAUUGUGAAGUGUGGUACACCAGAUGAACAAGGUUCUGCUAAACCCGGUAAUAGAGGUAAACGUGACUCUCAGGUUCUUUUGAUGUCCUUUUUACAAAGAGUCACUUUCGAUGAAAGAAUGACUGUCUUCGAAUAUCAGCUUUUGAGGAGCUUCUGGCAGGUUACUGGAUUGAUGGCCGACUUUUAUGAGCUUGUUUUAAUGGUUGAUGCAGACACUAAAGUUUUUCCUGAUUCGUUAACUCACAUGGCCGCUGAGAUGGUAAAGGAUCCAGAGAUUAUGGGAUUGUGUGGUGAAACGAAGAUUGCUAACAAGAGGGAUACGUGGGUUUCUUGGAUCCAAGUUUUCGAGUACUACAUUUCGCAUCACCAAGCUAAAGCGUUUGAAUCUGUUUUUGGAAGUGUGACAUGUUUACCGGGAUGUUUUUCGAUGUAUAGGAUCAAGUCGCCUAAGGGUAGAGAUGGCUAUUGGGUUCCAAUACUGGCUAAUCCUGACAUAGUCGAGCGUUACUCCGAUAAUGAUACAGGUACUCUGCAUAAAAAGAACCUUUUACUCUUAGGGGAAGACAGGUAUCUGUCUUCAUUGAUGUUGAGAACUUUCCCCAAACGUAAGCAGGUAUUUGUACCAAAGGCUGCCUGUAAAACAAUCGUUCCAAAUAAAUUCAAGGUCUUAUUAUCACAGCGUAGACGUUGGAUUAACUCAACUGUGCAUAAUUUAAUGGAAUUGGUUCUCAUUAAAGACCUUUGUGGUAGUUUCUGUUUCUCCAUGCAAUUUGUGAUUGGUAUAGAACUGAUUGGGACAAUGGUGCUACCUUUAGCUAUCUGCUUCACCAUAUAUGUGAUCGUAUUUGCUAUUGUUUCACGUCCUACUCCCAUCAUCACUUUGGUUUUAUUGGCCGUUAUCCUGGGCUUACCGGGUUUACUCAUCGUUUUAACUGCUACGAGAUGGUCCUACCUGGGAUGGAUGUUUAUUUAUAUUAUAGCAUUACCAAUUUGGAACUUCGUUUUACCCACUUAUGCAUACUGGAAGUUUGACGAUUUCAGCUGGGGUGAUACAAGAACAAUUGCGGGAGGCAAUAAGCGCUUAAACGAAGAAGACGAGGGUGAGUUUGAUCAUUCUAAGAUCAAAAUGAGGACUUGGAAGGAGUUUGAAAAAGAAGAAAGGUCCAAGGAAAGAAAUCCAGGCUCUUCUUUGAACUUAGAUUCCUACACGCAGUCAGCUGCAGGUCAAAGAAGAUCAAUCUUAUAA